AUGGUAGCCAUUACACGUGCUGCGUUAGCACGUCAACUGUCGUCACCAUAUACAACUAGAACAGUUGCAUCUAGUACUGUGAGUAAGAAGUAUACCAAAAAGAAGAAAAGAACUGUUAAACAACGUACAUCAUCGUCUACUAUUUCGCUUCCAUUGCAAUCAUAUAACGAGAUCGCAGGCAAAAGUAAUAUUACUGAUGCUAAUGGAUACGAUCGGUACGGUAAUCCAACAGGAAGAGAAUACGAUUUAGGUCGAGAUGGGGCAUUUAUGGGAUUUCAUAUUUUGAUUGCACAAUUCUAUUCUGAUGCACAGUUCAAUGACGCAGCAAUGCAACUACCAAUUGAUCAGCUGAAAUCUAAAGGUUUCCAAGUGACACAUGUGAAAACUGAGGAUGCAUGUAUAACAGAACUUGCUUCAAAUUAUUAUCAAAUCGCAUGGAUUAUUAGUACCAAUCAAAUUCAAAAUUCGAAAUUUAUUACAGCUUUAACAGCUUUUCAUUCAACUGGUGGUGCUAUUUUUUUAUUUGCCGAUAAUACACCAUACGUAUGUCAUGCAUCAGAAUUUCUUCGGACAAAAUUUGGUAUUACUCUCGAAGGAAAUUAUUAUGGCGGAAAAAUAAUGACAUUCAAAGAAAAUGGUCAUCAACAAAUCGGAAGUUUCGGUGAACAUCAAAUUUUUACUGGAAUCACAAAUUUAUUCGAGGGUAUCACCAUAUGUCAUCCAGUAUAUUCAACGCCAACAAGUCGCGAGGUAUUCGUCACAAUAGCAACAGCCAGUGAUGAUAAUUCUAGUAUUGCUGUGUAUGACCCAUCUCCGACGUCAACAGAAGGACGAUUAUGUUUAGAUUGUGGCUGGACGAAAUUAUAUGUCAAUUGGGAUUCAGCAGGCACAGCUCGUUAUAUUGUCAACGCAAGUUGUUGGCUGUUAGGAAUUAGCUAA